UUCUUGGCUGAAAAUCAGACAAGAUUGACACAGAUUGCAUUACAAAUUGUGAUUAAAGUAUAAUUAAAUUAACUGCACGCCAGGAUGCCGAUUAACCAGAAAGAGGUAACGCCGCAAUUAGACAGUCAGACAGGUGAGGAUCAGGGGGAGGAGGAGGAGCAGCCGGACGACGAGAAUCGUCUGGAGAAGUUUACGGUGCGUCUUAAUGGACAACAUGACCUGGAGCAGCGUUUAAAGGAUUUUAAAGCGGCAUGCGAGGCUCAUGAGAAGCACGCCAGACGGCGAAAGCGGAAGCGAUACUACCAUUUGGGUCUUGUGGCCAAGUUGGUGACGGAAACCACUCACGACGAGCUGCGACGUAUGCUGGAAAAUGGAACCUACACCUUUCACGUGGAUACGGUGGGCAAUAAGCCCGAUGAACUGACAGCCAUUUUGGACACCAUGAACAUUGCCAUUUCGGCGCAUUCUGCAGAAAGGGAACUACGUCUGACAACUGGCCUGGCUCUGGAGAUUAACGGCGAGUGCUGUCGCGUUGGCAGGCUGCGGAACAACUGCACCGUGAUGCUGGCACGAGGUGCAGUGGUCACACUCACCACGGAUGAGUCUUACCGCUACAAAGGCUUUAAGGAAAUAGUGUACGUGAUCAAUCUGCGGUGUUAUCUCGCCUCCGUUCAGUUGGGCGAUAUGGUGCUGAUCGGACGUGAAGUUAGGGGUAAGGUGGUGAAGACCCUGCGGGAAGCACUAACCGUGAUGAUCAUAGAUGCCGGUCUGGUAGCCUCCUACGAUUUUAUAGAGCUCCCUAGACAGUGUCACGCUCUGGAUCCGGACCUAUAUCCCGAUCUGUACAUGAAGGACCUUGAGAUGGCCGCGUCUUUGAAUGCCAACUAUGUGGUUCUGCCCAAGAUACGAUGCAAGAGCUUUCUGCGUGCCGUGCGGCAGACCUUGAACUCUGAUUUCAACCUAAAGUUAAUCGGAAUGAUAGAUUUCGAGUAUGUGCGGAGCAACAUGCUUGAUUUGCUAGGCAUCAUAAAGCUGGUGGACUACAUUUGGAUACCGGACAUGUUCAACGUAAACUGUUGCGUAUAUAACUACAUAAUGGAGGACGUGCUUCCCAUUUCGCAGUGCCAGAAGAAGCCAGUAAUUGGCACGGUUCCGCUGGAGCGUUGCAGCGAUUUUAAGCGAUUUGAGUUGCACGAUUUCCUGUGGAAGGUCGACGCUAUUCACAUCCAAAAAAGUCCAUGGUGCAACAAAUAUCCGCUGAUAGUCAAAAAGCUGAUGCCCAUAAAAGAUUAUCGUGUUGGCGCGGUCCAGAAUAAGAUGGUACUGAAGAGCAUCCUAACCUCAUAUCAGACCAUAGUGAAUUUUAUAAUCCGCACAAUUAGCUCAAUUGAGUGUCAAGCCAUAUUUUUGUUCACCACUUGCGAGACCGCCAGCGUGGCCCUUUCGCGCAUUGAGAUCUAUUGCCCAGUAUAUGUGAUGGUGCCGCUGGAGGAGACAGAUGAUGCGGAAACCAUUACCUGCAAGGUGGAGCUCGCUCGUGCGCUUCAUUUGCGCCGUAACAUGCACCCGGUUCUUUACACUAAGGAUCUUAACGAGUGCAGCUACAGUCCUAUUGAGUUUGGAGUGGACUUUAUGAGGAAGAAGGGCUGCUUGGAGGUUGGAGACUUUGUAGUUACCCUGGAGGUGGGCAAAGAGGAUAAGGAUAACGUGGUCAUCGGAAUAGGAGAGGAUAUUUGCAUCCUGCGCGCAUUCUACGUGUCGCCACUAUUUGCCUGUGAGAAGUUUAAGUACGGUGGAUAACUUUACGGCGUGCAGUUGUGCAGAUUACACAGAUAAUUAACUCUAAAUUAAAUGUAUCUCAUGCCAAAAA